GUCCCCGCCCUGGCCGGCCCCGCCGCCGUCGUGGGCGCCAUCUUGCGUUACGGACGGAAGGCGGCCCCUCCAGGGCCGGGGCCUCGUUCCCCCUCCCUCUUUUUAGGUGUCUUCAUAAAAUGCCCGCCGAGAGCCCUCUUUGCCCCAAGAUGGCGUCGAUGCGGGAGAGCGACACCGGCCUGUGGCUGCACAACAAGCUGGGCUCGGCCGACGAGCUGUGGGCGCCGCCGAGCAUCGCUUCGCUGCUCACCGCCUCGGUCAUUGACAAUAUCCGCCUCUGCUUCCACGGCCUCUCCUCGCCCGUCAAGCUCAAGCUGCUGCUGGGGAUCUUGCACUUCCCCCGCCGCGCCGUGGACGAGAUGAAAGGUGCACUGACUGAAAUUAUCCAGCUCGCUACUUUGGAUCCAGACCCCUGGGUCUUAAUGGUGGCUGAUAUUUUAAAAUCCUUUCCAGAUAUUGGCUCCCUUAACCUUGAUCUGGAAGAGCAGAACCCCAAUGUUCAGGAUAUCUUAGGAGAACUGCGAGAAAAAGUGAGUGAUUGUGAAUCAUCAGUCAUGUUGCCUUUGGAAUGCCAGUACUUAAAUAAAAAUGCCUUGACCACAUUGGCUGGACCACUUACACCUCCAGUAAAACACUUCCAAUUGAAACGGAAACCCAAAAGUGCCACUCUUCGAGCAGAACUCUUGCAGAAGUCUACUGAAACUGCGCAUCAGCUCAAGAAGACCGCUGGAGUACCUUUUCAUGCCAAAGGAAGAGGAUUGGUUAAAAAAAUUGAUACAACAACUCCACUCAAAGGAAUACCAAAGCAAGCUCCUUUCAGGAAUCCCACUGCUCCAAUUGUGUUUAGCCCUGCAGGAAAUAGAACUCCCAUUCCAUCCUCAAGAGUGCCUCUGUGCAAGGAGAGAGGCGUAAAGUAUCUAGAUAUCAAAGAGCUGAAUACUGUUGGUUCUGGUCGGGAAGCCAAAAGAAGAAGGAAGACUUUAGAUACAGAUGUGGUGGCAAAGCAAGCAAAGGAAGAAACAGUUGUAGAAAAUGCUACUCCAGAUUACGCUGCGGGACUUGUGUCAACUCAGAAACUUGCUUCCCUGAACAGUGACCCAGCGCUUGCUUCUACAAGUUACCUGCCUGCAGCGCCCAGCGCUGUGCCGUCAUCCUCUUACGUCCCAAGUUCUGAGCCCCAGCCAGCUGGAUCUAUUCGGGAACCCUUGCAAGUUAAAGAAGAAUCUGCUUCAGCCGCCACGGCUGCUGUCCCGACUCAGUUCAAGCAAAGGACACCCAUGUAUAAUAGUCAUUCGAAUAUAACUGCUACUGCAGCAGCACCAACCGAGUCUCCAGUGACUCCUCCGGUUACCGCUCCGGCAACGCAGGGACCACCAGCCGCUCCCCAGGAUGCCCCCGCCAAGAAGGGCCUCUCUCUAACAAAGGAGCAAUUGUUUGCAGCACACGAAAUAUUCCAAACAGCAAACAAAGUUACAAGGCCAGAGAAAGCUCUUAUCCUUGGAUUUAUGGCGGGAUCCAGAGAAAACCCGUGCCAAGAGCAGGGUGACGUAAUCCAGAUCAAACUAAGCGAGCACACAGAAGUCUUGCCAAACGCUGAUGGAACUGGAAGUACCACCAUGCUAGUGGACACCGUCUUUGAAAUGAACUAUGCAACUGGCGAGUGGAGCCGGCUAACAAAAUACAAGCCGAUUACAAAUGUUUCUUAAAUAAUUCAGUAACAGGAAGAUGUAGACCAAAUAGAUUAUAGAAUAAGCCAGCUUGUACAUUAUGUGUCAACUAAACAGAACAACAUUCCUGGGUAUGACUUGUAACCAGCCAGUGUCGUAUCUGUGGUUGGCCGAAGUAACAGGACAAGACAAAAUGGCAGUGCGUGUAUUUUACUGUAGGGUUGGGGAAGAUGCAGUGAUUCGUAGCCUUCAGCAGUUUGGCGGAAAAGGGGUUACAUUUCUGUGCCUUGAGAAAAAAUAGUAAAGGAGGAUCUUCUAGUAAGGCAGAUUUCACAGCAGGGACCUCAGUUGACGUUCCUGAUUCUGUUAAAAAUAGGCACUGCUAUUUUCGCCAUUUCUUUUCCCCUUUUGUAGCUGACUGCAAAUAGUGUUUGUCAUUUUGGGUGGCCCUUGUUGAAGUGAUUUUCUGAGGCACUGUGAAAGGCUGCAGGGUGUUCCCUCUUUUGCUGCUUCGCAAGAUUGUGCAACAGCCGAUCCGAGUUUCCUGGAGAACUUCCACUACCCAAAUGUGUGGACAUGCAUUUGUCAUAUAAAUGGGUUACAUCUUAACAUGUAUACAUAAAAAGUAUAAACCCAAAGGUUACAAUCUCAGCAGUGCCAAUGUUAGUUAACUUCCAUAGUGUUAAAGUUGAAUGAGCAACAUUUGCUCUGCUGCUGAAUACUCUUGAAAUGGAUAAAUUCCAAGUGUUUGAAAUCUGAUGCUUCAGGCUAAUAUAACUAGUUCCAAAAAAACUAAAAGAUUGUCUUGUAUGAUGGAACUGAACUGAACUGCUACUUUUCAGUUGUUGAAGAUUAAUAUUGGCAGAUGUCAUAAUGUGGUGAAGGUUUUUGGGAAUGUCAUCCCUGUUUAAGCAAGUCAAAACAAUAAUUUGGUGCCCCUUCCUGCUUUGUUACACCAUUGCUGAAGGAUGGAUCUGAGAUGGUUUAUCACUCAUGGCUCAUUUUCUGCACAAUGUUUUCCAGAGAAUUAGUUGGUCAUCUUAGGGCUGCAGAGCAUCACCAGGAGUGACAUUACUUGCAGGCACUUCUAGCAUAGUAUUAUUGCAAACCUCUCUCUUCUUCCUGACAAAAGCCGAGGGCCUUUUAGAACAGUUUUUUAGUUUCUGUGCUCCUGGGGAACUUCACCUGUAAGGCUUUGAAGUUUAAGAAUUGACAACUCAAUAGUUUAAUAAUUUAUGCAGAGAUUUCAUUUCUUUCUGUUCAUUGAAAUUGUUGAAGAGAUGGUAGGAUUUUUUUUCUUUAAAUUAAGCUGAAGGUCAAGGGAAGCUGUUUGGGAUAGGUGAGAAGGAGAAGAAAUUGUGCUUGCCCAAGCUGCAGAUGGAAGCAAAAUGCUAGCAAAGUUAUUUUGGUUCUUAGCUCCUGAUCUGAACACCCUCUGGAGAAUCUGAAGCUAGAAAGAGGGAAUACAGGGUGCCUUUUAUGUUUUAUUUUAACAUACCUGAAUUAUGUCUUUUUGUUAGAGAAUAUUAUAACUCUUCUGGAAUAGUAUGCUUGGCUUGAUAUUUCUUGUCCCAACUUUGAUUGCUUGAGACAAGAGUUACCUGCCUAUCCUAUUCCUUGACUAUCCCAUUUGUUUCUAAAUUAUACCCAGCGGGCAAACCAGAAUCAGGAAAGCGCCACAGAGGUGUAGUUUCAGAAGAGGCUCCUUGUGCAGCUGCAUUUUAUUUAACAUUUCAGCCAGACCUGAACCUAGAAGCAGAGUUUUAAACCAUAGGUCUAGUUUUACCAAAUUAGUAAGUUUUAUGAAAUACCAACCUGGCUUGUCCAGGUUAUUUUAAGAGGCAACCUGGCUAUGUUCUUUUAACGUUGGAGGCCUCUACCCCUUCACUUGCUGGCAUGUAGUGUCACAUGUUCUAGCACAAUCAAGUGCUAAGACAUUAACCGUUCGAUUGAACAUUGUGGCCAUCUCUAAUCUGGAGUACAUUACAUUUCGUAUAUCUUUUAACCAGAAACUUGGUUUGAAGUUACAAACUAUAGUUUUCUGUAGAAUGGUUGUGAAGUCUUACAGCAGUACAAACUAACAAAACAAGUUCAUGGCUCUGCUCUUAAAUAAGGGAGGUGUCAUCACCCUGUUCUAGAAUACUUUCCUGAAUAUUUUGCCAGGGGGAUGGGGUGGCUGUCAAAAAAAGUCAAGAUGUGCAGUUGUGUGAUCAAAGCAUGUAAGGAAGGGCAGGCUUUGAUUACCCAGUUGCAGCCGCCAAAUUGUUUUUCUCGCCCCUCCUCUGCAGACGCCCCUGUUGGAAGCAAUAGUUUCCAUGCUUUCACCUGUGAUGGAAUUCACUCAGAUGAACUUACAGUACACAGACAGUAAGAUUUCUUGUGUGGACCUGGCAUAUCCAGGAACAAAGGACAUUUUUGCCUCGCCAUGGGAGAAUGUUGGCUGUGCAUAGACAGCAACUUUUACUUGAGUUAGAAGUUCCUUCAGAGUCAGUGCAAGGAAGGUAACAAUGAAACUCCUGGUGAUGCAACCCAGAAAUAAUAAUAUUAUGGACAUCCUACUUCAGAGAGAUUCCUGUUAGAUUCCCAUAUUUGCUAAGCUCUUGGGAAAUCAUCAUCCAAUUUUUAAAAAUUCAAUUUGGGAUGCAUCUGCCCAGAAUGAACCUUAAUAAUAUGUUCUUUCUUGGGUCACUGUUCCUGCGCCUUGUACUUUUAGGUUAAGGUAUGGCUCCCUGGAGAGGGCUAGAAUUGUCCCGCAAAGACAGGCUGCAAAGGGACAUGGGGUAGGAUUGAGAGAACACAGACAGUCCGGCAGCCCCCCAGGUCUAUCUGAACAAGCAUCAUUACUCAAAGCAACUGGGCUCUUUGUGUCAUCAUGCUUUGCUUAAAAGGAACUGUUCUGACUCUGACAGAAGACGACAGAUAACAUAUACUACCCACAGUUCUAAUUUUUUUUUUUCCAGGAAAAAAAAAUGUUUCAAGGUCUAAUUCUAGUUGUAGGUUAUUUGUAAUAUCCUACGGCCAUGAGCACUGAAAGAGCUAAAGAGUUACUAUUGAAAAAACACAGCUCUCCUUGUGCCCUACCGGUUAGUGGGAUGGUGGCCCAGAAGUCUUUUGGCAGCCUUGUGACUUCCCUUGUGAAUCAUGUUGCAGUGCCCCUGGCCACCGCUGGAACGGGAGAGAAAAGGCAAGGCUAGUAAUUGAACCCAGAGACCUUGGGAAUCUGGUACCUUUUUAACAAGCAAUGUUGUUUUGUAAAAUGUUGCAUAUCUAGUAGAGCAGGCCAUAUGUUUUCUAUCUAUUUUGUUUUUGUACAGAUGUAAAUGCAAAACCUCAUGUCCUUGAGUACGUAUUUUCGGCAUAAUAUCUGUAAUAAAGUUCAGAUUUUUCUAAGUAUAUUUUUCUUCUUACACCAGC